UCCGAGUCUGCGCAGUACGAACAAAUCCUGAAAACGGAGCUUAGUAUGAAAAACCCACCGACCGAGCAGCGACAACCUGUUGAUAAACCGUCAGUCAGUGCUUUUUGUUAUUAAACGGUGGAAAUGAGAGCCGUUCUAGCAUGGAAAGAAACAUUUCGCGAACAAUGUGUUUAUGACCUUGCCUUCAAGCCAGAUGGAAGCCAACUCAUAAUCGCUGCAGGGCUUCGUGUCCUGGUUUAUGAUGCAUCAGAUGGAGCUCUUAUCCAGCCUUUAAAAGGACAUAAAGACAUAGUGUAUUGUGUGGCCUAUGCCAAAGAUGGCAAAAGAUUUGCCUCCGGGUCAGCAGACAAAAGCAUCAUCAUCUGGACUUCUAAAUUAGAGGGUAUUUUAAAAUAUACUCACAAUGACUCUAUCCAGUGUGUUGCCUACAACCCUGUCACUCACCAACUUGCGUCCUGCUCCUCUGGUGACUUUGGUCUGUGGUCUCCAGAGCAAAAAUCUGUGAACAAACACAAAGUGAGCAGCAAAAUAACAUGUUGCGGGUGGACAAAUGAUGGGCAGUACCUUGCCCUCGGCAUGAUGAACGGAGUGGUGAGCAUACGGAACAAGAACGGAGAGGAGAAAGUCAAAAUAGAGCGUCCUGGAGGCUCCUCUUCCCCUAUCUGGUCUAUAGCCUGGAAUCCCUCUAAGGACGAGCACAAUGACAUUCUGGCUGUGGCAGACUGGGGUCAGAAACUCUCCUUCUAUCAGCUGAGUGGAAAGCAGGUUGGAAAAGACAGGACUCUCACCUAUGACCCGUGUUGCGUCAGCUACUUCUCCAAGGGCGAAUAUAUAGUCAUGGGCGGCUCUGAUAAGCAGGCGUCCCUCUACACUAGAGACGGUGUGCGGUUAGGAACCAUUGGAGAGCAGAAUGCCUGGGUGUGGACAUGCCGGGUUAGGCCUGACACCAACUUUGUGGUGUUGGGCUGCCAGGAUGGGACCGUUGCCUGCUACCAACUUAUUUUCAGUACGGUUCACGGCCUCUACAAGGAUCGCUAUGCUUAUAGAGACAGCAUGACCGAUGUCAUCGUCCAGCACCUCAUCACUGAACAAAAAGUGAGGAUCAAGUGUCGUGAGCUGGUGAAGAAGAUCGCCAUCUACAGAAACCGUCUUGCCAUUCAGCUCCCGGAGAAGAUUCUCAUCUAUGAGCUCUUCUCAGACGACUCCUCAGACAUGAAAUACCACAUCAAGGAGAAAAUUUGCAGAAAAUUUGAAUGCAACUUGCUGGUGGUCUGCUCCCAGCACAUCAUUCUGUGUCAGGAGAAGAGGCUCCAGUGCUUGUCCUUCACCAGUGUCAGGGAAAAAGAAUGGGUGAUGGAAUCUCUGAUUCGCUACAUCAAAGUGAUUGGUGGGCCACCAGGCAGAGAGGGCCUCCUUGUAGGCUUAAAGAAUGGAGCUAUCCUGAAGAUAUUUGUUGACAACCCAUUCCCCAUUACGCUGCUGAAGCUGUCAACAUCAGUGCGCUGCCUGGACAUGAGCGCCUCCCGCAAUAAACUGGCUGUGGUGGAUGAGCAUAACACCCUCCUUGUCUAUGACAUCAACAGUAAAGAACUACUUUUUCAGGAGCCUAAUGCUAACAGCGUGGCCUGGAACACCCAGUGUGAGGACAUGCUGUGCUUCUCCGGGAACGGCUACCUUAACAUCAAGGCUAGCAACUUUCCUGUACACCAGCAAAAGAUGCAAGGCUUUAUGGUCGGCUACAAUGGCUCUAAGAUAUUCUGUCUUCAUAUCUACUUAAUGUCUGCGGUAGAGGUGCCUCAGUCAGCACCAAUGUACCAGUACCUGGAGAGGAAGAUGUUUAAGGAGGCCUACCAGAUUGCCUGUCUCGGUGUGACAGACAGUGACUGGAGGGAUUUGGCCACUGAAGCCCUGGAGGGACUUGACUUUGACACUGCCAAGAAGGCCUUCAUUAGAAUCCGGGACCUGCGCUACCUGGAGCUCAUCAAUAGCAUUGAGGAGAGGAAGAAGCGGGGUGAGAACGACAAUGAGCUGUUCCUGGCAGACGUCUAUGCCUACCAGGGGAAAUUCCAUGAGGCAGCCAAGCUCUACAAGCGUACUGGCCACGAAUCCAGAGCCCUUAGCAUGUACACUGACCUGCGCAUGUUUGAGUAUGCCAAGGACUUUGUUGGGGCAACAGACCCUAAGAGCUCUCGGAUUUUGAUGACCAAGCAGGCAGACUGGGCUAAAAGCAGCAAGGAGCCCCGGGCAGCAGCGGAGAUGUACCUGUCAGCAGGAGAACAUCUAAAAGCUAUAGACAUUAUAGGCGAGCACGGCUGGGCAGACAUGCUGAUCGACAUCGCCCGUAAGUUAGACAAGGCGGAGCGCGAACCGCUGGCAAAAUGUGCGCUCCACUUCAAGAGGCUGAAGCACCAUGGCUAUGCCUCAGAGACUUAUUCCAAGAUGGGCGACUUGAAGGCUCUGGUGCACCUGCAUGUAGAAACGCGACACUGGGAAGAGGCCUUCUCACUGGUGGAGAAGCACACCCAGUUCAAAUAUGAUGUUUUUGUGCCUUAUGCCCAAUGGUUGGCAGAGAAUGACCGAUUCGAGGAGGCGCAAAAAGCAUUUCACAAGGCUGGGCGUCAGAAUGAAGCUGUGAAAGUCCUGGAGCAGCUCACCCAUAAUGCAGUGGUGGAGAACAGGUUCAACGAUGCAGGGUACUAUUACUGGAUGCUGUCAAUGCAGUGUCUGGACAUCGCCAGAGAAAGUGAAGAACAGAGGGAUGAAAUGCUAAAGAAGUUUGAGCGUUUUCAGCAUCUUGCAGAGCUCUACCAUGUUUACCGCUCCAUUCAGCGUUACACGGAUGAGCCCUUCAGUUCCCACAUGCCAGAGACACUCUUCAACAUCUGCAGAUUCCUCCUGAACAACCUCACCAAGAACAUACCAGCAGGCAUUUCUAAAGUUAACACUUUGUAUGCGUUAGCCAAGCAGAGUCGAAAACUGGGUGCGUAUAAGCUUGCCAGGUAUUCCUACGAGAAGCUCCAGGAGCUGCACAUUCCCUCACGCUUCCACGAGUCCAUAGAACUGGGUAACCUCAUCAUUCGCUCCAAGCCCUUCCACGAUAGUGAGGACCUGAUUGAAGGCAUGAUGUGUUACCGCUGCUCCACUAACAACCCCCUGCUGAACAACCAGGGGAGUGUGUGCAUCAACUGCAGACAGCCUUUCAUCUACUCAGCCUCAUCAUAUGAGGUGCUGCCCCUGGUGCAGUUCUACCUGGAGGAGGGCAUCACUGAUGAGGAGGCUCUGUCUCUGAUUGACCUGGAAGUUCCUCACAUAGAUCAGAGGGAUGCACGAUGGCAGGAUAUGGACAAUGGUGAGCUCCAGGCUCUGAGGAUGGAUGAUGGCUUGGAUGAUGCGGAGGAAGACCCAUUUACAGCCAAAAUGAGCUUUGAGCAGGGGGGUUCGAACUUUGUCCCAGUCAAGGUGAAUCGUUCGGUGCUGCGCUCCAUGAGCAGGAGGGACGUCCUGAUCAAACGCUGGCCCAGGCCGCUCAAAUGGGAAUACUUCCGCUCCCUGCUGCCUGAUGUGAGCAUCACCAUGUGCCCCACCUGCUUCAAGAUGUUCCACAGUGAGGAUUAUGAGCUCCUGGUGCUUCAGCACAACUGCUGUCCUUACUGCCGCAGGCCAAUUGACGAACCAAACUGAUUUACUCAAAACUGGAGCAGCUAUAAUAGACAUUUCACUUUCUCCACCCUCCAAGUAAUCUUUCGUUCUCUGGAUUUUUAUUCUUUUUAUUUAUUUUAUUAUUUUUAUUCUCCAGUUGUUGUUGUUUUAAAAUUCUGUAACUGUAUUUUUGUUUGUAUUGUAAUAUAGCUGUCAGUGUAGUAUGCUGUGUGUAUAUUACAGUGUAAAUCUGUUACUCAAGCUCCUUCUCAAGAGCAGCUCUUGGUUAUCCGAGGAUAAAUGGCUGAGGUAAUGCCUGUAGUGUUUGUGUGUUGGUCAUUAUGGAGUGUAAAAGAAGUGCACCAUCAGCCAAUCGGCCCUACUGGAUUAUUAGGAUUACGCUGGGCCCACAGUGAUCACAUCAUUAAUUUAAAGGCAACAUGGAUGUUAAAUGUAAAAAAAAAUAUUAAAAUGAUAUCCAAAUUUAUUUUAACAUACACUAUUCUGAUGUACUAAAACAUGUUUGUUAUGUAGCUAAUGCUGUUACUCAGAAAUACCAGAUAAUCUGCCAACAUGUGCAUUCCACAGGCCUGUAUACUGCAGCUUAAUGUUUGAAAACAGCGCAGGAUAUGUCAUGAUAUUUCAGGCAAAUGUAUUUUUUUAUAAUGCUGCAAGUCUUUUCAAUAAAAUAUAUUGGUACUUUCUUUUA